AAGAGAGAGAUCAGCAGAGCUGAGAGUGAGAGGCACUGAGGAGGGAGCACACACACUUUGACUGACUCUUAGACACACACACACACACACAGACAAAGACAAGUGGCCUAUUGUACACACACACACACACACACACACACACACACAGACACACACACUCAGCAGCUGAUCACUGUGACACACACUUUAACACACACUUCGUUGGACUCUGGACUGACCACUUGAGGAUUCAUCCCUCAGGACUCUGUUUCCCAUUAUGCACCAACGGAGCCUCUCGGAGCUCCAGGGGGCCUCCACCCAGCGGGGGGGGGCCUCGACCCGAACCGCUCCCCAGGAUCGAGCCUCACGGAGCCCCAAGCUGAGGAGGGGGUCCGAGCGGCGGUGUCUCUGCCCGCCGAGGGGAGCUCCUCUCUGGGCAUGGCUCCUGCUGGGGGCCCUGGUGGUUCCUGGAGCCUGGAGCUUUCUGACCGAGGAGCAGGAGGAGCUGCUGGUGGAGCUUCAUAACCACUACAGAGGACAGGUUUCUCCCAGUGCUUCAGCCAUGCUGCCCCUGAGAUGGGACCCGAGUCUGAAGGUGAUCGCAGAGGGCUACGCUGCUAAAUGUAUCUGGAACCACAACCCAGAACUAGAGGACACCGGAGAGAAUCUGUUCGCCGGCACUGGGCCUCUGGACCUCCGAGAGGCUCUGGAGAAGUGGUUUCUGGAACACCUGGACUAUGACUUCCAAAACAACAGCUGUGAUGAAGAUAAGAUGUGUGGACACUACACACAGAUGGUGUGGGCAGACACACACAGAGUCGGCUGUGCCUUCCAUCUCUGUAACAACAUGGAGGGGCUGGAGUGGGAGAGAGUCUCCUUCCUCGUCUGCAACUACUACCCAGCAGGGAACUAUGAAGACGAGAGGCCGUAUGUCGAAGGCGACUGGUGCUCCAGGUGCCCAGAGAACCUCCAGAAAUGUGAAAACAACCUCUGCGUCGCUGACACGGUGGAGGAUGAUGAUGAUGACAUAGUGGAUGAGGACGAAGAGGAGGGCACAGUUGUUCCUCCUCCAGCUACAACCGACCCCUCCCUCCAGCCUGCAGAGGAGGAUGAGGAGAAGCUUGUUCCUCCUCCUGCUACAACUGAGCCGUAUAUCCAGCCUGCCACCACCACUGCUGCCAGUACUCCCAGUAUCACCACCACCUCCGCACAGGACGCCGAGGACACUCCACCAGCCACCCCUGCCCCCGACACGUAUCCCCCUGAGGUCCCCUCAACAACACUGAAAAAGGAGGAGGAGGUUGAAGGAGAGGUGGAGAAGGAGGAGGAGGAGGAUAGGAGAAAGGAAACUACAGAUAAGACGGAGGGAAACAGCGAGAGAGACGUAACAAGACAAAUAUCCCAGAACAGGGAAGUUAUUCGGAACGCUGGUUCAGUAUCUUCACCUUCUCUCCUGUUAGCCUGUCUGACUGCGAUCCUGACUGUGAGGCUGUGAGGGGGAGGAGGACGAGGAGGAGGAAGAGGGAGCAACAGAAGAGGAGUCCACCCCACCGCUCCCGUGUUGCCUGCACAGUACCUUGUUAAUCCGCCCCGUGCCCUCCCCUGCAGAGUAAUAUGGGUCAAUUAAUAAUUCACACUCAUCAGAAAACAGCUGCCAUUUUCACAACAUCUGCAUGUAGUCUGGGCUGAGAUCUGGGUCACAUAAUGUGUGCAUAACCUGCUUCAACCUGCCUGGAAAACACAGAUAUUACCGCCAGCUAGCACUAAACACGCUGUGUUGCUGUAAAGGAAACAGGUCUUUGGGUUUUCAGUUGAGAGGAAGAUGAGGGUUAAUAGCAGCCUUUAAAUGAUCAACGUUUAUUCGCCUUCUCUCCACGUCCGUUUCUUGUCUGUGCAUCCAGUACGCAGAUGGACUCAGGACAUGUUUUUAGCCUAGCUUAGCAUAAAGACUGGAAGCAGGGGGAAACAGCUAGCUUGGCUCUGCUCAGUUCAAAUUCAAAAAUACUCCAACAUGCUCCUCUAAAGUGAAUUAAGACGACAUAAAUGUAAAAGCAAGAUUUGUGAAAUGUGAAAAUGGAACAUUAGCAUCAGUCAGUUAGCAUGCAGCUUCAAAGCCUGGUCUCCAAAACGUUUUCUCUGGGCUUCACUGCUCAUGGACCUAACAUGUGGAAAUCUGUGGUUAUUUCACAGCUGCGUCCAUCCCAUCCACCCUCGUUCCCAUCUUAUAGCCGUGAAGGCGGCUAGCUGUGUAGCGAGAUGACGUGGCCAUUCAUAACCCCGCCAACAGAGCUGUGAUUGGUCAGUUGCUCCAAUCAUAGGAAACAGUUGUCACCAGACCGGGCUAGCGGUUUCCAUCUGCUUCCAGUCAUUGUGCUAAGCUAGGCUAAUCAUAUCCCACAUCUACCCUGACCUGUAAGUACACACAGAUUUCCUCAUGAACUCUGAGUGAAACACAGUUGUCCUUUAAUGUGAGAACAGGUUGAGGUGAACAGGGUUGAACAUUUGGAGCUUCAGGUGUGAAGGAAGUUCACCUCCUUCUUUAAAACACACCUUUAACCAAGUGUGUUUAAAGUUUAUCACGAGGCGAUGCUGUUCUGUUACCACAAUAACCCCAAAGCUUGUCAGCCAGAUGUGUGUUCAGUGUCAAAAACAGCCUGGUUUGCUUGUGACAUUAAAAUGUUGAAUCGUGUGAACAUACUCGGCCGUUUGUGAAGAGACCCACGGAGCUGCAGAGCCUCUGUCCUGAAGAGCAGUAAAGAGGCUGCUCAAAGUCGGGCCUCUCAGACCCUCUUCACGUCCGUCAGGGGAUGGUUUGUAUCUGCGGGGUGGCUCCAUCUCAUGUGGACAAACCACUGAAACAUACAGUCGAAGUUUGUGUUUGUAGUGUUUCCUAAAUGCAGGAGAAAUGAUUUCUGAACAGUUUUUUUUGUGUCAAACUGACGACCCUGCUUCUUCUUUGAUCAAAUAUACGUAUAUCUACUGUACAUUAUAUACUCAGACUGGAACUACAACUGGACAGAGUCUCUAAUAAUUUACAAAUCUCUGUUACACUGUCUUAGACAACAGGAAAUUACCAUAACUAUCUUCAUUUACUUUAGCAAAGAUUGCUGUAAAUGUCUGUAUAUAAGAUUAAUAAAGAAAUAAACCGUAUUUCUUCUUUUUGA